AUGUCUAGAAGCAAGGAUAAGAUGAAAAGGUUUGUGACUACUGUAUGGGUGGAUCUGGAGGAGGAGUUUCGGGCAGCCAUGUUGCAUGAAAACAUGGACCUUGGUAGGUUGAUUUUACAUGAACAACAGGUUGAGGAGAGUCAUCGAAUGAAGAUAGUCAAAAAAGGCAAAAAGCCUGGGCCAUCAGAUCAUAUUUUCUCAAGCACUUGUAAUAGUUCGUUGGGAGUCAUGGACAAUCCCAAAGAGGACAAGUCUGGCCCCAAGAAUAUGAGUGGGUAUAUGAUGAGGGACUGCCAACAUGUGAAGAAUCAGGCAAAGACAGAUACUCAGCCUCGGCCUAAUCCUACUGCUACAGCCAUACCUCCCAAGAGGAACAAUAUCUAUUCUUUGAAAGGUAGAGAGGAGCUGGAGAAGUCAGCUGAUGUGGUAACAGGUACAUUGUAUAUCUUUUCUUUUCCUGUCUAUGCAUUGUUAGAUCUAGGAUCCACCUUGUCUUUUGUUACUCGUCUUGUUGCUUAUAAAUUUGUCUUGCUUCCUGAGAUCUUGCAUGAAUCUUUUAUAGUGAGUACUCCGAUAGGAGAUAGAAUUAGAGCUGAAAGAGUAUAUAGAGAUUGCCCAAUAAUUGUUCCUAAUAUAGUUACCUAUGCUGACCUUAUAGAAUAA